AUGUCUGGAACUCGAUCGUUUCUGUCCCAAUUAAAUGUGUUUAACAAGGAGAACUACAAGUUCACCAGUGAAGUAAAGAACCAAGAAGGAAGUGAGAGUGGUGUUUCUAAUUAUGAUGACAGUGGCUCUGUAGAGAAUGGUGAGCAUUUUGAUGUCGAACUGGAUAAAGGUUCCAAGAAGCUUGGUCUAAUAUCGUGCAUUGGUUUAAUUUGCAAUCGUAUGUUGGGUACAGGUAUUUUUGCUGUGUCGUCUACAAUCUACAGUUUGUGUGGAUCUGUUGGUUUGGCCUUGAUCAUGUGGGCCGUUGGUGCCAUCAUUGCAUUAGCUGGUCUUUAUGUGUAUAUGGAAUUUGGUACCGCUAUUCCACGUAAUGGUGGUGAAAAGAACUACUUGGAACGUAUAUUUCCGGCUCCAAAGUUCUUUAUUACAUGCAUGUACGGAGCUUACAUCUUUUUCUUGGGAUGGGCUGCCGGUAACUCAGUGAAUACCGCUGUCAUGUUCCUAACGGCAGGUAAUGCUAAGGUGACAGACUGGAACCAGAGAGGUCUUGGUGUUGCUGUUGUUGGUUUUGCAUUUAUCGUGAACUCGGUUAACGUCAAGCUAGGGUUAUACAUUCAGAACUUGUUGGGUAUUUUCAAGAUUGCCAUUGUGUUGUUCAUUACAGUUACCGGAUGGGUUGCUCUAGGUGGUGGACUAAAGGAUGGAUACAAGACCAACAACUUCCAUAAUGCAUUCGAAGGUACUGGUGGUGCCACUGCAUACGGUAUUGUGAACGCUUUGUAUAACGUCAUUUGGUCGUUUGUUGGAUACUCCAACGUUAACUAUGCUCUUGGUGAAGUCAAGAACCCUGUCAGAACCUUAAAGAUUGCUGGUCCAACGUCAUUGAUAUUUUUGGCCAUUGUCUACAUCUUCGUGAACAUUGCAUAUUUCGCAGUCGUUCCUAAGGAAACAUUCAAGACAUCUAAGCUAAUUCUAGUUGCUGACUUCUUUGAUAUUGCUUUUAAGAAUGAACAUGCUAAGACAGCUGCUUGUGUGUUUGUUGGUUUGAGUGCGUUGGGUAACGUCAUGUCCGUGAUUUUCUCCCAAGGUAGAAUUAUCCAGCAAUUGGGUCGUGAAGGUGUGCUACCAUUCUCUAGUUUCUUCGCAAGUUCCAAACCUUUCGACUCACCAGCAGUGGGUCUAUUCCAGCAUUUCAUUGUGUGUCUUGUAACUAUCAUUGCACCACCAGCUGGUGAUGCCUAUAACUUUGUGUUGAAUUUGAUUUCAUAUCCAAUGAACAUCAUCAAUUUCGUCAUCAGCGCUGGUUUGCUGUGGAUUCAUUGGGAGCGUAAACAAGGCAGAACUGUGUGGGAACCUCCAAUCAAGGCUGGUAUCCCAGUUAUCGUAUUCUUCGCGCUCGCUAACUUAUACCUAAUCAUCGCACCAUACGUUCCACCAUCUGAUGGUGAAUCCGUCUACGAGCACUUACCAUACUACAUCCACUGUGUGGUUGCAUGGGGUGUAUUCGGUAUCGGUGCUGUUUACUGGCUAGUAUGGGCCAAGAUCUUGCCAAAGAUUGGUAAGUAUGAGUUGGUAAAUGAAGAAGUCAUCGGUGAGGAUGGCUUCUGGAGACAAAAGAUCAUCAAGAAGCCCCUAAGCGAUACUGAGGUCAUUGAGGAAAAUAUAAACCUUGAAAAGAGUAGUAGUUCAAGUGGCUAUGACAAGCAACUAACCUCCCAAAACACCAUCUCCAUUAAUUAA